CCCUCCGAGCUCGCCCUCCUCUUCCCCGGCCUGAUGAUGAACGUGUCCCCCGCAGCCCGCAGCUACCGCUCGUCGGUGACCUCGAGGGUGACCUCGAGGGUGAGCUCGGGGGGGCUGAGCUCGGGGCUGAGCCCCGGGGGGCCCCCGCGGGGGGGCAGCGCGGCCAGCAUCUACGGCGGCGCCGGGGGCUCGGGCAGCCUGGUGUCCUGGGGUGGGGGGGCCCGGGGGGCCCGGGGGGCCUGGGGCCUGGGCCCGGACAAGGACAAGGAGACGAUGCAGGGGCUCAACGUGCGGCUGGCCAGCUACCUGGACCAGGUGCGGGGCCUGGAGGCCGACAACGGCCGGCUGGAGGCCCAGAUCCGCCAGCUCCUGGACAGCAGGGCCCCCCAAACCCACGACUGGACCCCCUUCUUCAACACCGUGCAGGACCUCCGGGACCAGAUCUUCGCCAGGUCCGUGGAGAACGCCAACCUUGUCCUCGGCAUAGACAACGCCCGACUGGCCGCCGAUGAUUUCAGAGUCAAGUAUGAGACGGAACUGGCCAUGCGUCAGUCAGUGGAGAGUGACAUCCACGGGCUCCGCAAGGUCAUCGACGACACCAACGUGAACCGGUUGCAGCUGGAGACCGAGAUCGAGACGCUCAAACAGGAGCUGCUCUACAUGAAGAAGAAUCACCAGGAGGAGGUGCAGGCCCUGCAGAGACAAAUCGCGGGGUCCGGGCUGACGGUGGAGGUGGACGCCCCGAAGCCCCAGGACCUGGGCCAGGUGAUGGCCGACCUCCGGGCCAAGUACGAAGCCCUAGCCGAGGAAAACCGCAAGGAGCUGGACAAGUAUUGGUCCCAGCAGAUCGAGGAGAGCACCGUCGUGAUGACUUCGCGCUCCGAAGAGGCGGAGAAGGCCCGGGCCGAGGUCACCGAACUGCGCCGGAGACUCCAGUCCCUGGAGAUUGAGCUGGACACCCUGAGAAACCUGAAGGGCAACCUGGAGGGCAACCUGGAGGAGGUGGAGAUGCGCUACAGGCUGCAGCUGGACCAGCAGAACGGGCUGCUUCUGCACCUGGAGGCCGAGCUGGUCAAGGGCCGGGCCGAGUGCCAGCAGCAGGCCCGGGACUACGGGACCCUGCUGGACGUCAAGAGCGAGCUGGAGGCCGAGAUCGACAUGUAUCGCCAGUUGCUCGACGGCAACGACGACUUCAGCCUCCGCGACGCCCUGGAUAGCAAGAGCAGCGGCAGCCCGGGCAUCGUGCAGAGCGUCCACAAGACCACCCGGACCAUCGUGGACGGCAAGGUGGUGUCUGAAACCAACGACUCCAAGGUCAUCCGCCGCUAGGCCCCACCACCGGCCUCGCGGGGCGGCCAAUAAAGGCUCAGAUGGGA